CUUUAUCUUCUGUAACAAAGCUGCUGAAGAGGAUUAUGCUGCUGUUGCCACAGAAACUUAGUGACCAGUGGAAAGGGAGAGUAGAGAGGGGUGGGGAGUUCAAGAAGAGAGUGGAAGCCGACAGAUUCAAUCAGACUUAUUGAAAAACCCUUCGCCCACACAGCUGACAGGUUUUUUCAUUUUGAGAUUUUCAAGAUUUCUCUCUUCGACCAUGUUUCACCCUUUAAUCAUCGGCAUCAUGGUCGUAAACACCUCCCUAACUGUCGUCUACUGGACCUUCCUGCUGGGAGAUGUCUACUUCAAGUGGAUGUUGGAGCCAGAAGACAAACCCACGAAGGUGGUCACCCCGGCCUGAGGGAGUCACUGUCAAUAUGGACCAACUUCACUGAGUGACUGGGUGGUUAUUUUUUUGUUGCUUCGGACUAGUUCAGCUUGUAGUGCUUUCUGUGGAGCCGUUAAUCUGCUUUGUGUUUCACCUGAAGAAGAACAAGACCCCAAAUGCGAACGACAAAAAAUUUCUGAAGUGAACGGAUCCUGCAAUAAAUGAGACAGGAACCCUUCUCACAGAGCCGCCUGUUUACCACACCUGCUAAUUUGGAUGUCCUGUCUAUGCACAAGUCAACGAAAAAAGCUGAGGAGCCGUUUCGAGUCUUGAUCACAAGGAGCCGGAUCUUCAACAAGACAAUGAAUCCCUCAUCAGCCAGAGAAGCCACCACCAAGUUUCACCCCCUUCUCUGAACAGCCUCUCCUUAAAAGAGAGUUUCUAUCUGUCCAAAUAUACCAAGCACCAAAACCAUGAACCAAUUACCAUUCGUGUCCCUGAACGCCUCGGGAGGAGCUCUGCUGUUGAACCUCUCACAUGUGGCGUUGGAGCACCGGCAGCUCCUGCAGCUGUCCAGGAGGAACGAGGAGGAGGCCUAUUUUGUGGACUACAUCCCCCCAGCUAGAGACGCCAUAACUCUGCCGCGCAAUGUAGUCUACGUCCUAAUUGGGGUGGUGUUGGUUGUAGUGGCCACUUACGCCAUAGUGGGACACCUGAUCAAAGAUCUGAUGCAUGACCUGGCAGACUGGAUUUUUGGGCCCAAACCGGUGGAGGAUGAUUCAGAGGAAGGUAGAGCGGAGGUAAAAGAAGAGCGAUGCCUGAGUGUUUCCAGUAAACUAAUGGAGAGGGACGUGCUGAGGAUGGAGAUGGAGAAGGACGGGCUACUGCCUGGUUUCCACCGGGGAGACGGAGACCACCGCCGCCCAUCCACCCCUCAUUUGCUGAGGAGCUCCAUCCCUUCGUCAUACCCUGGAGAAAAACGGAUAUCUACUCAUAGCGUGACCUUCGCCUGCCCCCUGACCCCUUAUGUCACUUCCCUCUGAGUUUUUCCACAAAUUCAAGUCACAUCUCAUAUGUCAGUGCGGUGAUCAGUGUUGUGACUUUGUUGUAGUGAUGCUAAAGCAUUUGAUUUAAUUAUUAAAAGUUAAUGUGAACACAGUCCAUAUUGUCCUUCAUUUAAUUAUAUUGCAUUAUGUUGCUAUUUAACGUCCAAUUUGUCACCCAUCAAGAGUAUCUUAUUUUGAAAUGUAUAGAAAUGAGAAUGUUUCCAUCACAUAUCAAGAAUUUAUUGUUAAAUUGCACAUGAUUGGUCUUUUCUGUUCAUUUUCCACAACUGUCACUCUCCAUCAUUAGCUCACACAUUUCCAUGUUGUGGUGUUGGACCAAGCUUCUCUCCAGUAAACAACUGAAUAAUACAUGA